AUGAGGCUCUUGUCGGUGGCAGGCGCGUUGCUCGCGCUUUGCGCCGGUGUGUUCGGAGCGGAGUCGAACCUCACCGAACCACACAUCACGCAGAAGAUCUUGACGGGCAACUUCAAGCCGCCGCAAGUAUUCGAGAACACAAACCUCGUCCGCACCAUCAACCUCGAAAAGGGCUAUGUCAGAGAGACCACCAACAUCCUCGUCACAAAUACGGACAAAUCACCUCAGUCUGACUACUAUGUCCCCUUUGAAUAUGACUUGAUGGGCAGGAUAGGCGGCUUCGAUGCCCGCGACAAGAAGAAUCCAGAUACCCCAUUGGAGGUCUCCAUCGCUGCGCUGUCCGCAGUACUGGAUGACCAGGACGGAUCUGUGAAGCCGACCCAGUACUAUGUCAUUCACCUCGCCGAGCCUCUCCCUCCCAAAGGCACCAUCACCCUCUCCGUCUCCUGGCAUGUGCUGGGUGUUCUAACACCCCUGCCCGCCUCGAUUAAGCAGGAGGAGAAGCAGUACCUGAUCUACAACUUCUCCGCCUAUGUUCCGUCUGUCUACAAGACAGUCAAGCAGAAGACAAAAGUCAAGUUCCCCUCGGCAGACGUCCCAGAAUAUAGUACGACAACCGGCUUAACCUCGUCUGCGGACCCAGAAAAGCAGGGUUCAUCACUUACAUACGGUCCCUACGACACGGCUAAAGUCCAGCCAGGGACUACCCACCCAGUGACAGUCCGAUAUGAAUUCAACAAGCCACUCCUGGUCUGCACCGCCCUCGAGCGAGACGUCGAAGUCUCCCACUGGGGAGGUAAUUUGGCAACAGAGGAAAGAUACUGGCUCCGACACGACGGGGCUACGCUCUCGAAUCAAUUCUCCCGACUUGCAUGGGGAACGCAGUCCUUCUACCUAGCCGCAGGGCAAGGCUCAACGUCCGCGUUACGAGAACUAAAAGUCCCCCUGAAACCAGGCAGCGUCGACCCCUAUUUUACUGACGACAUUGGCAACGUCUCCACCUCACGAUUCCGCCCGAACAACGUUCGCGAAGCCAGCCUUGAACUCAAACCUCGCUAUCCGUUGUUCGGAGGAUGGAAGUAUAGUUUCCGCAUCGGCUGGAACAACGCCCUCUCUACGGCCCUGCGAAAGCUCAAGACCCAAUCAGAUACGUACAUCCUCGCCGUCCCACUCCUAGAAGGGCCCCGGAACCCGGAAGGCAUUCAAUACCAACAUCUCACAUUUCGUGUCAUUCUGCCCGAAGGUGCGAAGAACGUGAAGUGGCAAACCCACGGCGGCACGGGUGCGCCUACCCUUCGUGCCGAACAGAGCUUGCACAAAACUUUCAUGGAUACCCUGGGCAGAACAGAGUUGAAACUCUCGGCUACCAAUGUAGUCGAUGAGGCUAGGGACGUCACGGUCGUGGUGACGUAUGAGUAUCCAUUUCUUGCAGCCUUCAGAAAACCCGUCACUAUUGUGAUCGGGUUCAUCGUAACGUUCACGCUAGCUUGGGCUGUGCGCAAUCUGGACACGAGUAUUGGGAGGAGGAAGAAGUAA